AUGGUGUUUAUUGACCUGGAAAACGCAUAUGACGUUGUCGCACGCCAACUGAUUUGGGAUAGUUUGGAGGGUCGAGGGCUACAUGGGAAGUAUGUAGACAUAAUUAAGGAUACAUAUGAUAGAACGGAAACUGGUGUCCGCGCGCCUGUAGGGGAUACAAACUUCUUUCCUGUGGAGGUGGGACUCCACCAGUGGUCUACGUUGAGCCCUUUUCUUCUUGUGGUUGUCUUGGACGAGUUGUCCAAGUUGAUUCAGGAGACAGUUCCGUGGUGCGUGCUUUUUGUAGACGAUAUUGUGUUGAUUGUGGAGACUAAACAGUGCCUGAACGUAAGGGUAGAGGAGUGGCGAGUAGCUCUCGAGGGCAAGGGCCUAAGGAUUAGUCAAUCUAAGACUGAGUAUCUACACUGUGAUUUCAGUGGUGUAGCCGAUGACGAUGACACCUAA